UAAAAAACGUGUGAAGUGUGUUCAAUAAUUGAUUUUAAGUGAAUUCUUAAUUAUUUUUUUAACCGUGCCUUGUAGAUUCUUAUAAUAAAAUAUGACAUCAUUAAAAGUUAUAUUUCUGAUAAUAUUCAUCAUAUAUUAUGCAAAUUGUUCGUCAGCACCAACUUACUCAGCAAGUUUCUUUAGCAAAUACAUCGAUCCAACAUCAGCGGUGCUAUCAAUCGAUACAGCGUAUCAAGAUUCUUGUGCCACAAGACAAGCUCCAGGUUUUGUCUGUAUGGACUGUAGAGUCUUAGCUCGAUGCAUUUUCCGAGGUAAUCAAUGGGAUACUAUUGCAUUGGAGGCAUGUGAUGAAGGCCAAGGACUUUUUUGUAAUCCAAACGAGCAAAGAUGUUCAGCAAAUACGGGACCCUGUCAUCCUGGAACUGGCGGUGGGGUUGAAACCAUAUUUGCUUGCUCAUCAUCUGGUAUUUUCCCUGAUCCAUACAAUUGUCAACAAUAUCAUAUGUGCUUCCCACAUGGCCCUAAUCUUCUCAGUGUCACAGUACUUUGUGGUGAUAGUGUAGCAUAUAAUCCAGUCACAAAUGAUUGUUCAUUACCAACAACGCAUAGCGUUUGUUCUGGAAACGUAUUUACAUGUGAUUAUGUUGGACAGAUGGGAGCAUGGCCAUUAAAUCCAAAUAUUUAUUAUAUGUGUAUGGCUCGCUCAAAUGGAGUGAGAGUUCUAUUUCCACAAAUAUUCCGAUGUCCUUUGGGUCAAGUCUUCUCUAAUGAUGAUUGUGUUCCUGGAUCUAGUGGAGGACUUUUACCGCCAGGCAGUAAUAAUAAUGAUGGCUUCAUUUGUCAACGUCCAGGUCUUUUCUUUGAUCAAUCAAAUUGUCGAUCAUAUUUCUUCUGUGACGGUAGUUUGAGAUCUCAACGUAUCAUGUGUCCGACAGGGACUUACUUUAAUCGAAUGGUUAGUGGAUGUGUUAGAGGAACUUGUGUAUAACACAACUUAUUUAUCUAUUGUACAAAAAAUUUAGCAAUAAGAUUGAAUUUAAAUAAAAAAUUUAUAAAGUUAACAACUCAUCGUUCCUAAAG